AUGCCUCAAAAUAACCCACCCGUCACCGUGGGUCCUGAUUGUAAAACUUCCCUACCCGUCAUUGAUGACGUCAGUAGUGAUUCUAAAGUCAAAUCAGUCAACCAGGGGCAGAUUCAAAUCGACGACACUAUGACGUCACAGAGUAAGAUGACAGCUUCAGAAGAACCGAGCAGCUCCAAGACAGAGACACGUGACACGGAAGAGCAGUGUGAUGCCAACCAUGAAACUAAAAUGAAAAGAAAUGACGAAAAUUACGUGUCAACCACCGGCUCUUCUAUUCUCACUGCCGCUUCUACAAACCCUCUGGAUAAAAACAAAGAUGGCGAUGGUAACAACAUUACUGCGCUGAAAAAGAAUCAUUCUGUGCCAUCUGAUGCCAAACAGAAUGGGAACAAACGGAAGCUUGCUGGCAAGAUGUCAAGUCCUAACAGACCACAAGUCACCCAAAAGGUGUUUCGCAUAGCAUCCUUCACAGCAGCGUUAGGUUUAACAUCAUCAUGUCUAGGGUUGUAUGGCAUUCUUGGACUAAUGGUGGCUGGUCCCGACGAACAGCCCCCACCGUGGGGAUGGUACUUCUACCAGUCGUGUGCAAGGAUGAUGGAGUUUGGAAUGGGAUGUACCAUGGCUUACUUCACAACGCAACCUUUCCCCCGUCGACGUCAACGUUAGGGUAUUAAUAAUGCAAGGACAGCUCUUCAAAAUUCAGAACAGGUUGCACGGUUACACAGUGGGCCAGAAUUGAAUCAAAGUGUGCCAAAAUUAUAUCACAACAUAUUUUUUGGUAAAAAUUAUAUUUAAACAUAUUUAUGAUGGAAAGUUGGUUGUAAGGGGUUUUCUGAUACGUAGAAUUUGAUGGUCAUGGUUUUAAAGGUCUGUGACGUCAUCAUAGUCCUGAAUCGUGAUUGGUCGGCGAGAGUUUAAUAACUACUAAUAUCGUUUUGUUCAUUUGUUACCCUAGGCAUAUCAAAGAAACAGUUUGUGAACAAAUGUUUUGCGAUGCAAAGUGUGUUUUCAUAAGGGUUUCUAAAAGCGUUACUCAUAAAGGGUGGUCUUUCUUUGAUGCUAAACAGAGAAAUAAUGUCCGCUGACACACGCACUGUCGUUACAGGUGGUUGAGUCAAAACAGGCGUUUCUCAUAGGGGUAUACAACUUCAAAAUUGAAUAAUUUCCAAAGUUGCAAAAUGUCGCAACCAAAUUUGGUUUUAGACUGUUCCUGAAGGUUCAGGCUACUGAAAAAAGUUAUAAUUAAAGCGGCAAUCGGCGGCAUUUUAUAUUUCCUAUGUCUCUGAUUGAAAUAAAUGAAAACUAGGAGGCAUUUUAUGGGAUUUAUCAGACCUUUUCAAACAGUAAACAGAAAUUAAACUGAUUAUUAAUUUAAUUUUCAUGAAAUAUGGACU